CCCACGAUCUACCUCCAAAGAUGUCGUCAUCCGAACUAUCUCCUCGUCAUGUUCGACCUGAUAUGGUUCAAUCUGCAGUUUCAUUCUUGAAAGAUGCAAAAGUACAACAAUCAACAGUUUCACAAAGGGUAUCUUUUUUGGAAAGUAAAGGUUUAAGUCCGGAUGAAAUUGAUGAGGCAUUAAGACAAACUGGUGCAAGUGGUGCAAUCACUGCCGGACAAGCAGCUCAAGCAGGUCCAAGUCAUUCUGUUUACCCUCAACAGCAGCAGCAGUAUGGUGCCCCUGCUAUGUACUAUCAAAACGGAUAUGGUCAAGCACAAAUGCCACCUCAAUCUCGCGAUCGUGAUUGGAGAGAUUGGUUCAUCAUGGCUGUUGUUUCGGGAACGGUAGGCUAUGGAGUGAUUGCAUUAGCACGGAAAUAUCUCUUUCCCCAUCUACAACCUCCCAACCAACAUAUCCUGGAAGAGGAUCGAGAUGCAUUGACGGCAAAAUACGAUGAAGUUGCAGCCCAAUUGGCCGCUUUGGAUGCAGAAACAAAAGCAGUAAAAGCAGGAGUUGAAGAACAAAAAGAAGCAAUCGAAAAGAGUAUACAAGAAGUAGAAGAUACCGUUAAAGCACUACGCGAGGCUGAUAAGAGACGUGCGGAUGAUAUGGAUACGGUAAAGAGUGAAGUGGAUGCAAUGAAGGAUUCAUUGGCAAGAAUGUUCGAAAAGACAAAAGAAGCCCAAACAGCAAGCUUGUCUGAAUUGCAAACCGAGUUGAAGUCUUUGAAGAGCUUAUUGGUCUCUCGUAACUCUGCCGCACCUCAAGCAGGUUUGACUUCAAGUGUUUCUGCAGGUGGAUUGGCAGGCAGACCAUAUUCCCCAUUCGGUGCUCCCGUCACUGCCAACACCGGUGAUGCAUCCCCUGCUUUCACCAAUACAUCUUCUCCUCGUCCUUCUAUUCCCGCUUGGCAAUUGGCUGAUUCGUCAAAUAGUUCUGCCGCAACCAAGAGUGCACCAGCUGAUGAACCCACUGGAACAUCAGCUGUCCAAGCUGGAUCGGAACAUGCUAAAGAAUCCGCAUCCUCUAUUUCGAGUUAGUUGAAAGCGAUCGUGAUGAUUUUGAAACCUUUUGUGUAUUGUUUAUCUGUGAUUAAUAGGAAUGCAAAAAUAUCUGAUUAAAAGUUUAGAUGGGGAAAAGGUGCAAAGGAUGAGGUAGAAGAGGAUGGUAAAGAGAAAAAGGGAAGAAAGACAAAAACAGUCGAAGCAGGAAAGGUGAUCAAGGAUGAUUCCAUACAGGGUGAGUAUAUAAAGCACGCAUACAUUCAAAACUUUGAAGGUAUUCAUCAACAUCUUUCUCUAGCAACUGAAAAGCCAACUUUAUACCCCAACCCUACGCCGAACACAAGCACGACAUCAUCCAAAUCAAAUCGAAAGUCAAAGACUACCAACGCAUAGCCUACACCAAAUCAAAAAAC